GCAGCCUCAUUUCCUCACGCGCGCCGGAAGUGGCGGUCGUCUGCGCGGCCGCGUGUGGUGGGCUGUGAGGCGGUGAUAAGCCCUGUGCGCCGGGCGCCGCCGGGGUAUGCCCGCGGCCGGGGAGGAGGUGGCAGGGCGGCGGUGGCCUUGUGCGGACUGGUGAGCGCGGAAAAUCACCACCCAUAUAAUGGAAUUAUAUCUGAUUCUAUAGAUAAGAUUUCUUUAUUCUGGAUAUCAUGAUAACAAUACAGGAAGUAUGCACUAUUUCUCAUUUCUGCAAGUAGUCUUCACUGCUGAAGGAAGAAAUUUUUAAAGCUAUAACAGUUCAUUUUGGUACCUUUAAUGGAAAUUCUGAUUUUGUUAAUUUUUGAUAACUUUUUGCAAAGGUAUGAACAACCAAAGAACUUAUCUUGUUAGGCAAGUCCACAUUAAUAAGAAUGCCUAGAAGAGGAUUGAUUCUUCAGACCCGGACCCACUGGCUACUCUUGGGUCUCGCUUUACUCUGCAGUUUGGUAUUAUUUUUGUACCUCCUGGAAUGUGCCCCCCAAACUGAUGGAAAUGCACCUCUUCCUGGUGUUGUUGGGGAAAAUUAUGGUAAAGAGUAUUAUCAAGCCCUCCUACAGGAGCAAGAAGAACAUUAUCAAACCAGGGCUACCAGUCUAAAACGUCAAAUUGCCCAACUAAAACAAGAAUUGCAAGAAAUGAGUGAGAAGAUGAGAUCACUGCAAGAGAGAAAAAGUGUGGGGGCUAAUGGCAUAGGCUAUCAAGGCAACAAAGAACAAACACCUAGUGAUCUUUUAGAAUUUCUUCAUUCCCAAAUUGACAAAGCUGAAGUUAGCAUAGGAGCCAAAUUACCUAGUGAGUAUGGAGUCAUUCCCUUUGAAAGUUUUACCUUAAUGAAAGUAUUCCAGUUGGAAAUGGGUCUCACUCGCCAUCCUGAGGAAAAGCCAGUUAGAAAAGACAAGCGAGAUGAAUUGGUAGAAGUCAUUGAAGCUGGCUUAGAGGUCAUUAAUAAUCCUGAUGAAGAUGAUGAACAGGAAGAUGAAGAUGGUCCACUUGGAGAGAAAAUGGUAUUUAAUGAAAAUGACUUCAUAGAAGGUUAUUAUCGCACCGAGAGAGAUAAGGGCACACAGUAUGAACUCUUUUUUAAGAAAGCAGACCUUAUGGAAUAUAGACAUGUGACCCUCUUCCGCCCUUUUGGACCUCUCAUGAAAGUGAAGAGCGAGAUGAUUGACAUUACUAGAUCAAUUAUUAAUAUCAUUGUGCCACUUGCUGAAAGAACUGAAGCAUUUGCACAGUUUAUGCAGAACUUCAGGGAUGUGUGUAUUCAUCAGGACAAGAGAAUUCAUCUCACAGUGGUGUAUUUUGGUAAAGAAGGAUUAUCUAAAGUCAAGUCUAUCCUAGAAUCUGUCACAAGUGAGUCUAAUUUUCACAAUUACACUUUGGUCUCCUUGAAUGAAGAAUUUAAUCGUGGACGAGGACUAAAUGUGGGUGCCCGAGCUUGGGACAAGGGAGAGGUCUUGAUGUUUUUCUGUGAUGUUGAUAUAUAUUUCUCAGCUGAAUUCCUUAACAGCUGCCGGUUAAAUGCUGAGCCAGGUAAGAAGGUGUUUUACCCUGUGGUUUUCAGUCUUUACAACCCUGCCAUUGUUUAUGCCAGUCAGGAUGUACCACCACCUGUGGAGCAGCAGCUGGUUCACAAAAAGGAUUCUGGCUUUUGGCGAGAUUUUGGCUUUGGAAUGACUUGUCAGUAUCGGUCAGAUUUCCUGACAAUUGGUGGAUUUGACAUGGAAGUAAAAGGUUGGGGUGGAGAAGAUGUUCAUCUUUAUCGAAAAUACUUACAUGGUGACCUGAUUGUGAUUCGGACUCCAGUUCCUGGCCUUUUCCACCUCUGGCAUGAGAAACGCUGUGCUGAUGAGUUGACUCCUGAGCAGUACCGUAUGUGCAUCCAGUCCAAAGCCAUGAACGAGGCCUCUCACUCGCACCUGGGAAUGCUGGUCUUCAGGGAGGAGAUAGAGACGCAUCUUCACAAACAGGCAUACAGGACAAAUAGCGAAGCUGUCGGUUAACAUAAUCACUGGCACAUUAGUCUGAACCAGAAACCAGCACUAUUUAUUUAGCCUUAAUUCCAAUUCCAGAUGCAGUGCCUCUUUCAGAGAAGACAUGCUUAUCUUUUGUGUUCUUUCUGAUAUUACUUUACUUAAGCAGUUUAACUUGUUAUGAGAAGAAAAAAUCAAGUAUUUCAGUGCAAAGCCUGUUUUGUGGGCAUACCAUACUAUGGAAUCGCUGACAAAUCAAAAUCUGGUGUUUGCCCCAAAAGUAGUUUUGAGUUCGUUUCUACCCUGUACCCAUGUUCUAAUGUGCCCUGAUUGCAUAUGGGUUGAGGGUUGGAAUGGUGUUGUGCUCAUGGUAGGUCAGGAGCAUCCAGCUCCUGCAGAGAGGAAAGAGUCAAAUUUGAUGCAGUGUGUAGACAAGGGUUCUUCCCCUGCUGACCACCAAGGCAACUUGCUUUUAAAUUAAGAUCUUUAGUCAGUUGCCUGAAGAAUUUUUUUUCAUUGAAGCAGAGGAUGACUAAAUGACACAUCUGAAAUUCACAGUCAAUCAAAAGAAAUAAAAACCCCUUAAACUGAAUGUUGCUUAUCUCCCUUAAUGUGUUUUUAAAUAAAUGGAUGAUAGUAGAAAAUACUUAGCUUAGAAUCUAUGACUUGAUUAAAACUGUAAUGUGUUGUUAUCAGGAUUAGUAGUCAACAUUGUUAUAAAUUAUUUUAAACAAACAAAUAAAAUGGAAAUGUCUUUAAUAGAACAUUUAAUUGUGUUGGAGCAUAGGGCACUAAUGAUAUCUGGGAACAUCAGUUUACAUGAGCCAGGGUGCUAUCGGGGCCUUCUUAUAGUGAUUCAGAAUAGAUGAGCAUAGCAUGGUGUUGCGUGUUUUUUGCUUUGCAUUGUCUUAUGUAGCAUGAAUCCAUAUGUAUUUAUUAUCCUUCUUUUUACAAUAUGUUAACAAAAGCUACAUCUCUGUUUAUAUUAUGAUACUUUGAGUUCAGUUUCACUGAAGGGAGAAAAAAACAAUUUAAUGAGGUAUACCAUAAAAUUAUACUGACUUGAGAAAAGAGGUGAAGGAGAAAGUAUGAAUAGAAAUCUGAAUUACAGAAUAUUUUAGAAAAAUCUAUUGUCUGCAGAUAGAAUAAUAUUUUAACUGAGGUAUAAAUUAUGUUAAUGAGACAAGAUGAAUAAGAAGUUAUAUUCAGAUAGAACUGUACUAUGUUAUUUAUCACACAUGGAUCUUUUACCAUACGCUCCAUUGCUAGAUUCAGAAAUUGGAGAUAUGGUGAAAGGCAUGCACAGAUUUUGAACCUUUGGCUUUCAAAAGGGACCUAUAUUGUAUUCUUUCUAUUUGUAUAUAAACCCCUGAGAAUUCACAGAAGAAAAUCUACUCUUUUUACUCAGUGAAUCAUAUCACCUAAAGUAUAAAUCCCAAAUUUCUUGGUGCUACAUGAAUUCACUUUACAGUAAUUCUUAAUAAAUUAUUUGUACAAGUUUUAAGUUGGGUAGCAUUUAGGCUUUUUUAAGAUGUGUAAAAUGUGCAGAAUUAUUAAGGCCAAUAUCUCUUUUUACAUACAAUUAUUUAUUAUGAAGACCAGUGAGUGUAGGUAUUUAAAGUGAGAGAACCUAAUUAUUUGCAAAGGUAAGUUGCAGCUUGUUUUUUUGACAGAAUCAAAUGACUUUACCUUAGUGAGCUUUCAAUUUAAAGAUAGAAACUAAGUGAUGGAAACAGUAUAUGCUAUGUUUUUGACAUUAAACGGUACCAAUAAAGUAUUUUAUUACCAAAAGCUAAAUGAAAAUGUGAUAACUAAUUUCUCUCCAUUACAAAAUAUCAUAAAUAUGAAAAAGUAUAAAAGAUGUAAUUGUGUACUUUAAAGAAUAAUAAAGCAAACAGCUACCCAGAUUAAGAUAACAUAUUCAGUGAAAGGCCUUUAUGGGCCUCUUCUUGAUCACACACCCUUACUCUCUGUAAUUGUAACCAUUCUGAUUUCUGUGAUAAUUUUUCAUUUGUUUUUCUUAGUUUUCCCAACUGUUAUAUACCUCUACCCAAAAGACUAUGUAGUUUUGCCUGUUUCUGAAUUUAUUUGCAUAUUAUUUCAUUAUCUAUUCUCUAACUUUCAUUCAGUAUUAUAUUUUUGAGGUUCAUUCAUAUUAGUCUCAAAAUUCAUUUUUAUUACUGACUAGUAUUCCACUGUAUGAAUAUACUAAAUAUUCAGUAACUUUAUUUUUUUAUAGAUAUUUGGGCCGUUCAUAGUUUGUUCUUUGCUUUUUGCUAUCAGAAGCACUAUUGUCAUGAAUACUGCUUUACGUGUCUCUUAUAAGUGUACAAGAGUUUCUCUAGGAAUAAUGAUGCUGGGUCACCGUUUGUGUGUACAUUCAGUUUCCUUUCCAAAAUGGACCAUCUCCAGCACUGUGAGAGAGUUCAUUUUGCAUCCUUGGCAACACUUAAUUUUGUCAGGUUUAUUAAUUCUUGCUAAUCUAAUAGACCUUAGGCAUGAAUUGUAGUUAUAGUUUGCAUUUCGGUCCUCUUGCCCAUUAUUAUCAGUUCUUAGGAAUUUUUCACAUAUUCUGGAUACCAAUUCUUGUUGGUUAAGUAUCUUUUCCCAGAAUGUAGCUUAUCUUUUCCGAUUCUUGGUGGUACUUUUUCAUUAAUAAAAAUUGACUCUAAUGGGACUAUUUUUUUUCCUUUAUGUAUUCUACUUUUUAAUUACUGGCUUAUGACCUCAUAUUAAGGAAAGAUAACUUAAAGCUGUUAUUCUAUAUUGUCUUCUGAAUACCUCAUAUAUAGCUUUGCUUUUCCUAGUUAGGUCUUUAACCUAACUGGAGGAGCUUUUUGUGUAUGACACAAGCCAAGGAUUGCAUUACACUUUUUUCCACCAUCAUCUUACAAUAUAGUCCAUAUUUUACCUGCAGAACCACUCUCAUCCAUCAGAUGUCCAAAUGCACAGGUCUGAUUCUGGCUCUCAUCUGUUCAGUUAGGCUUUUUGUCCAUCACCAUACUAUUACAUCAUGGUCUAAAUUACUUUAACUUAAUACAAGUCAUUAUCUCUGAGAGCUAAUCCACUUGCCUUACUCUUAAAAAGAUUGCCAUGGUUCUUUGUAGCCCUGGCACUUUGACAUAAAUUUUUGAAUAAGCUAAAUUUCACAAAACUUUCAUGAAUUUGAUUGGAAUCUCAUUGAAUCUGUAAGAUCACUUUGGGGGAAAUUUACAUCUUUAUGAUACAGAGUCUCCCAAUCCUUGAACAUGACAUGUCUGUUUAGGUCUUUAUUGUCUUUAAAUUUUAUACUUUUUCACACAGUGGCUUUACAUGUAUUACUUUAUAGAUUUUUCCCUAGAUACUUUGCAUUUUAUAUGCCAUUAUAACUGUCUUUUUUAAAAUAUUUUACUGGUAUUUAGAAGUCCAAUUGCUUUUGGGUUCAGCAGCCUUGCCAAAAUGCUUAAUUCUGGUAAUGUAUUUCUAGUUUCUGUUGUGUGUUUUCUGUUAUGCAGUCAUAUAUCUAUGAGUAGUGAAAAUUUUGUUUCCAGUUUUUAUAUCUUUAUUUUUCUUGUCUUACUGUGUUUAUUGGUAUUUUAUUAUGCAGUGUUGACUAGAAGUGAUAAUAGUGGAGUUCCUGCCCCUGUUUCUGACUUCAAGGGGAACACUCUCAGUGUUUCAUCAGAGAUUCUGCUUUCUGCAGGAGAAGUGGGGUUUAAUCUCAUCAGGGGUGCCACUGCUAAUUCCCUGCUAACACUGACUGCUUCUGAUGAACCAGCGAGCCUGCAGUGGGGCCCCGAGAACAGUUCGAGCAAGUUUCCAGCGCUGCUGACACUGCUGUCAAAUAGCCAUGACUUGAGAAGCACUGCCUUGGAGGGACUAGCCCACAGGUGAAGGACAGCACUGUAGCUAGCCUGGUGAGCUCAGCACCCACUCCCAGCCCAAGCUCCAUGGCAAAGGCACACACCAGAUGAUGGGCUGCACCUUCUUCAGCUGAGGGCUGAGGGCGCCAUCAGCUGUGGAUUGCGGAGCCACCCUUUCCUGAGGCCUCACCACCACAUCUCCAGGCUCUCCUAGGAGCUUUGGGAAUUAGCAGCUAACUGCCCCAUCCUCACUCAAGCAUCUCAGCUUCAGGCUCCUGUGGGAGGAAGCCAGGCAUGCGGAGAGCAAUAAGGGUGCGUAGCUCCAAAUCUGCCUGUGCAGAGUGAAAGCCCCCCUGUGAGGGAGGGAGAGAGAGUCAGAGGGGAUGGCCCACCUCUGGCUUUUAAGGGACCAGGACUUGCCGUCCCACAGCCAGAAAAACAGAAAAUGGAGUGUACUCCUCAAGUUUGGGUGUGAAAAAUACCUCCAAAUGCUGGGCAGUUUUAUGUGAGUGGGCUCCAGCAGUGUGGUCUAAUUUUCUGUUUCAGAUUUCCUUAAAGGAGGCCCUUGACCUAGAGGAACGGAGAGGGCAGUCCGCUAGAAUACCAAUUUGUGAGUUGUUUCUUUUCACUUUGUACUGGAGUUUGAAGAACUGCUUUAAAUGUCCCCAUCCUUCAAGUCUACUUUGUAUUCUCUUCAUUACAGCUCAGUGUACCUGUCACAGCCUGGAAAACAGACAAUUCCAUCACACCCUCCCCCCGAUAUUAUUUUAGAUUUUCUCUUUUCCUUAAAAUGUAGUUGAACAAUUUGCCAGACAUAUUCCAACAGAAAAUGUGCUGCCCGAUAUCACCCUGCCCCUCCCCAACCCCCUAAAUCCCUGAUAAAGGAAAAUGAAAAUGUAAACUUUGGAAAGCCUGUGCUCAAGGUUUGCUUCUAGAAGUAUGCAAAUGAAGCCCCCUGGCCAGCCAAGCCCUUCCUGCUGGACUCUCUCUGGCCUAGGCUUUGAGAGCAGGUGCCUUGUCACCCAGGGCAGAGCUUUCCUGGCAUUUCCCCGGCACUGGCUGCCUGAGGGCUAAAAGAAUGGAGUGGGAGACCGGCCCUCCAGUACUCUCUAAGGCACUAACCCCGACAUCAGAGACACUGGCUGGAAGGGCGUCCAAGCAGGCAGGGCUCACAUUGGUUUUGGUUGGGUUGUUUUUUGUUUUUUUUUUUUAUAUUUUUUCAUACGAUGUUAAUAAAAGUAGAAAAUAAAAAUCUACAUUUCAUUAGAAUAAGAUGUUAUCAUGGAUGCCAUCUCCCAUGAUACUCUUUCCCACCCCUCCCAAAUCAGGGCCCUGCCCUGUUAUUUUAAAAUAAAUGACAAAAAAAAAAAAAAA